CGGCUGUACAAAGUGCAGGCAAGGCUUUCCUUCCUCAUGCGAGGGCAGGGCUAGUGUGAGCCAGGCGGCCACACGCAGAUCCGACCCCUGCGCUGCGAGCCAGCGGCGGGAUGAGGUGGAGCAGGAGGAGUUAGUCAGGGGCUGAGUCACCAUCGAGUUCGACCCCGGGAUGACAUCUAAGGAUGCUUCAGGUGAAGCUAAUAGUAACUGGAGAUGACUUUGGCUAUUGUCCUCGGAGAAACCAAGGCAUCGUGGACUGUUUCCUGGCCGGUGCGAUAUCUAACGUGUCGCUUCUAGUCAACGGAAGCGCUGCAGCAGAUGCAGCGAAGCUGGCAAGGAGUGUCACAACUGGGCUAAAAGAAGGAACCCACUUGCUUCAGACAACAGAGAAGUUUCAGCAGAGGCUGAUCCAUCACCAAACGACAAACCUACUGAUAGCAACUGCCAGAGAAAAACAAAACCGGAACAGCAGGUACAGCAUCCCAAUAGGCCUUCAUGCCAACCUUUCUGAGGGCUCCCCUGUGUGUGAGGUGCUCAAAACAAACUCUUCUCUGCUCAACCAAGAUGGAUUCUUCCAUGGAAAAAUGGGAUUCAGAACAGCUCUAUCAAGAGGUCUCCUGAACAUGUCAGAGGUGAAGCAGGAGCUAAAGGCCCAGGUGGAGCUGUUCCAUGAGCUGACAGGUCACCUGCCUCCUCACAUGGAUGGGCACCAGCACGUCCACGUCCUCCCAGAGGUCAGGCAUGUGUUUGCAGAGGUGUUAGAGGAAUAUGGGAUUAAGUACACUCGUGUCCCAGUAGAGCCAGGCCUUCAUAACUGUGACUGGAUUCCACCAUCCCUGAUGGACUUUUAUCUGGGAGUAGAAGAAGAUUCUUUUAACACAGUGGAUGUGUUUACAAAGCAUGGAAUAAGGUGGCCUGACAUUUAUAUAGGCCUGAGCACCAUGGGCAAGAACAUGUCUGUGAGCAGCAUCUGGAGUGCCAUCAACUCUGCCAUCAUGGAGGUCACAUCCAGGGCGCCCUCACCUGCACACCCAGCACUGCAGAGCAGGACAGUGACCAUUGAACUGAUGGUGCAUCCAGGGUACCCCAGUGUCCCACCCGUUGGUGGUUGUGGGGAAGGACCGGAUGAUUUCUCCCAGUCCUGGGAGCGCCUCCAUGAACUCCAGACGUUAAUUAAGCCGGAGCUGCAGAGCCAUUACAAAAGCAGGAACAUUCAGCUGUGUUCAUUCAAAGAUCUUUAAAUAAAUGAGCAGACAUCCACCCACCCACCCAUCCAUCCAUCCUCUGAAGCCAGGUAGUUGCUGGUGUCCAGACAAGCCAGACCACUGUUACCAGUGUCACACUCCCUGGCACAGCUGACAGGAGCUGAGAACAGCCUGGGAAUGGAAGAGCAUUACCCUGUGAGCAGCUCCAGGCAGUGCCCCAGAGCCACGACUGCCAGUUUUUAGGCCACAGCAUCUGCUCUGAAUGUGACAUACCCCUUCUAUGACACCCCAACGCAGUGCAGGACAGCGACCAUGGCCCAGCUGCCUCCCAGGGCUCAGCUCCUGUCAAUGAAGGAGCAGCACAGGGGUGUGCUCUGUUGUGAGACGCUUUGCACCAUCAUUUCUCUUUUUGGAUUUAAUGGCAAAAAAAUAAACAUUCUGGAGGAGCAGGUGCUGCUUUGGAGCAGCCGCUUGGUGUAGGUCAUGGGAGGCCUGGAAACCUUCAGCAUUUGGUUUUCCUAAAGCACUGUCAUGGUCCCUGCCCCUCCACUUAUCCCUGCUCGUAGAUGGGGAGAGGUGCAGGGCACGUCACCUUCAGAGUAUUCCUCUGCUUAGAGCAGUCAGAUAAUAUACGUGGCACAGUGGGAUCUGCAGCCCCUUUCAGGAGCCACCUCAGCCAGCAGUAAUUUUGUCCCUGCCUAUUUAUGUUGCCUCUUAGCAUUAAGCUCCUAUAGGAAAGUAACAUCGGCCACAGCCCUUUCAGAGGGGCUUUCUUAUUUUUUGGAUGACUUUGCAAGAACAUCAACUGUUGACCCAUCUGCUAUUUCAGUAACUGCUGUGUAUAAGAGCAGCAGCAACUGAUCCUGCCCCGCCCACUGCCCCUCAGGACAAACACAGGGACAGCCCUGUGCCAGCUACAAGCAGGUCUGCAAGGGAACAAGGUCCCUGUAUCUGUCCCUUUUAUUCCUCCCACCAAAGCAUUUGAACUCCAAUAAGCCCCAGCAAUGCUUCACGCUCUUAACUGCAGCCCUGUCACUCCUAUAGAACUUUCACAUGGGGAGAAAUUAUUUUAGAUUGUUUAUGCUCAUUUUCUGCACAUAAGUGAAUUAAUGUAAUCGGUUUUGCUAACUAUGUUUUUUAAUAUUAAAAAUGUCAAUAUGAUUGUCAUUCUUUUAUAUGAAAAAUAAACUCAGGCCUUUUCUA